CGGCCCGCUUCCUCCUGUGAAGACGUAGCUGCGGGUGGCGGUGGUGGUGGCGUCCAAGAUGUCGACCAAGAAUUUCCGAGUCAGCGAAGGGGACUGGAUUUGCCCUGACAAAAAAUGUGGAAAUGUAAACUUUGCUAGAAGAACCAGCUGUAAUCGAUGUGGUCGGGAGAAAACAACUGAGGCCAAGAUGAUGAAAGCUGGGGGCACUGAAAUAGGAAAGACACUUGCAGAAAAAAGCCGAGGCCUAUUUAGUGCUAAUGACUGGCAGUGUAAAACUUGCAGUAAUGUGAAUUGGGCCAGAAGAUCAGAGUGUAACAUGUGUAAUACUCCAAAGUAUGCUAAAUUAGAAGAAAGAACAGGAUAUGGUGGUGGUUUUAAUGAAAGAGAAAAUGUUGAAUAUAUAGAAAGAGAAGAAUCUGAUGGUGAAUAUGAUGAGUUUGGACGUAAAAAGAAAAAAUACAGAGGGAAGGCAGUUGGUCCUGCAUCUAUAUUAAAGGAAGUUGAAGAUAAAGAAUCAGAGGGAGAAGACGAGGAUGAGGAUGAAGAUCUUUCUAAAUAUAAAUUAGAUGAGGAUGAGGAUGAAGAUGAUGCUGAUCUCUCAAAAUAUAAUCUUGAUGCCAGUGAAGAAGAAGAUAGUAAUAAAAAGAAACCUAAUAGACGAAGUCGCUCAAAGUCUCGAUCUUCACAUUCACGAUCUUCAUCACGCUCAUCCUCCCCCUCAAGUUCAAGGUCUAGGUCCAGGUCCCGUUCAAGAAGUUCUUCCAGUUCGCAGUCAAGAUCUCGUUCCAGUUCCAGAGAACGUUCGAGAUCUCGUGGGUCGAAAUCAAGAUCCAGCUCCAGGUCCCACAGGGGCUCUUCUUCCCCACGAAAAAGAUCUUAUUCAAGUUCAUCAUCUUCUCCUGAGAGGAACAGAAAAAGAAGUCGUUCUAGAUCUUCUUCAUCUGGUGAUCGCAAAAAAAGACGAACAAGAUCACGGUCACCCGAAAGCCAGGUGAUUGGUGAAAACACUAAACAACCCUGAGCCCAGGGCCAACCCCUACGGAACACCACUACUUUACCCAGGCACCACAGGUCAUCUUCUGGAUCGUCCCAUUCUGGUUCCCGUUCAAGUUCAAAAAAGAAAUAAUGUAUUAAAAUUUACAU